UCCGGGGUUAUAAUUCGGUUGUAAAUGCUUUGUUAUUUUCAGUGUGUCUGAGAGCACCGUCGUCCCCGUCGCCGGAAGUCUGCAUGAAGCUGCGUCUCCAACAGAGGCUACGGCGUCGACGUUUUUUUUUUCUGUCUUGUUUUUUUUUUUUUUUUUUUUUUUAUUCGACACUUUUUUUUUUCUUUUUUUAUUUUCUGUGAGCGAGAUGAGCAGGGAGUGAGGAAUGGAGGCGUAGGGACCGAGGAUGUUUGUGUUCGCAGUUUAAGCGUUUGAACACACGCAGGCCUCCAGUUGUAGCUUGAGUGAACAAGCCAACGAACAAAAGGAGAAAAUUAAUGGAGGCAAGUUAGCGUUAGCCAUGUUUGUGUGGCGCUCAGACAACAGCCUCAGCAGCCCGCGUAGCUCGCAGCAAAACACACCCGAGCCUCCCGACAUGCCAUCCGAUUUUAUGACAGUUUAUAACCGAUUUUAUUUCUGCAAGCUUUCCUCAGUCACUGCUAACGUUAGCCGCCGCUAGCUGCACCACAGUUUUAGAGCCAGCCUGUGCCCUGUCGUUAAAAAUGGCUCUCAGAGCACUGAAACAUUGACUUUAAUGCACCGAUGCGACCCAUCUGUUUUUAAAGCGGAGGUGUGGGUUGAAUAGAGCAUGUGAGGGAUGAAUUAACUUGACUUUGUGGAUUUUUUUUCCCCCUCAUUAUUCAUUGGCUGCAGCAGAGAUUGGAGGAGUCACAUGAAAGACAAACAUACCCUGAGCUGUGCUGCAUGAAAGAAAUAAUGGACGAUUCCCAUUUCAACUCAUCAUACUUUUGGUCUCCCGUCCCCACUGUACAAGGACAGAUUGAGAACGCCAUGUUCCUCAACAAGGCAAAGGAGCAGCUGGGUCCAGACAAGGCCAACGCCUUCCCUCACUCUUCUGCGUCUUCCACCUCGUCCCCUCACUACCCCACAGCUGUGCUCGCCAUCCCGGGUUCGGUGGAUCCAGGGGCGGGGGUGCGGGUGGUCCCCAAACAGGAAGGAGGUGGGAAUGGAUCCGGCGGAGGAGGGGGAAACAGCGGGAACGCAACCUUGAGUGGAGUAGGGGGACAUCUACACCAGUCGCACACCUCCCAGAACGUCACGGUCGUUCCUGUUCCCUCCACUGGGAUCAUGACUGCAGCGGGGUUAGUGAUCACCACCCCACAAGGCACACUGGUUCCAACUGCCUCCACACAGUCGUUUGUAACUGGACCCCCCACCACCACCACCAUGAUAGUGUCUGCAGUGCAUCCCUCAAACACAGAUAAAAAGGAGGAUGGUGCUAUGGCUCCAGCCGUUGUCAUGCCGACACCAUCAAAGCGAGGCAGGAAGAGCAAACAGAUGAUGGGCAGAGUUGGUGGGAUUCUCCCUCCAGGAAGUGAUGCUUUAAUUUUAGCCCAUCUUGCUGCAGGUGGACAGCAUCACUCUGCUGACCCAUAUGAUCUGUCAAAUGAUGAGGAUGAUCAUACCAGUAAAGAUGGACCCAAGUCCUACAGAUGUCGGAUGUGUGCAGUGACGUUCUUCAGCAAGUCAGACAUGCAGAUUCACGCUAAGUCCCACACUGAGGCCAAGCCCCACAAGUGCCCCCACUGCUCCAAGUCAUUUGCCAAUUCCAGCUACCUGUCCCAGCACAUCCGCAUCCACAGCGGGGCCAAGCCCUACUCCUGCACCUACUGCCAGAAAACAUUCAGGCAGCUCAGUCACCUCCAGCAGCACACACGAAACCACACUGAGGCCAAGCCCCACAAGUGCCCCCACUGCUCCAAGUCGUUUGCCAACUCCAGCUACCUGUCCCAGCACAUCCGCAUCCACACGGGGGCCAAGCCCUACACCUGCUCCUACUGCCAGAAAACAUUCAGGCAGCUCAGUCACCUACAGCAGCACACACGAAUUCACACUGGUGACCGACCAUACAAGUGUAACCAUCCUGGCUGUGAAAAGGCUUUCACUCAGUUGUCCAACUUGCAGUCUCACCGUCGACAACACAACAAAGACAAGCCCUUCAAGUGUCACAACUGUAACCGUGGUUACACAGACGCUGCCAGUCUGGAGGUUCACCUGUCGACGCACACCGUCAAACACGCCAAGCUGUUCUCCUGCGGCCUCUGCAAUAGAUCUUACACAUCGGAGACUUAUUUAAUGAAACACAUGAGGAAGCACAACCCCGACCCGUUAACGGUGGCAGCGACGGUAGCCGCCCAGCAGGCCCAGGGCCUGACGCCAGGAGGAGGGGGCCGGGGCCGGGGCCGCGGGCGAGGCAGAGGCAGAGGAAGUCAACUCCAAAGCCAGAACAACCCAAACAACACCAACCAGAACCAGAACCCUGGGCAACCGGGCAGCUACCAGCCCACCCAGCAACCCUCUGAGGGCGUCAUUCCGUGCCCCUUCGAUCUGCACCAGUACAAGACAGUGUCGGCCAGUGAGAUCCAGUAUAAACCCGUCAGCGUUGGCGACCUGCCGGUGACCCAUAAAGACCUCUGUCUAACCGUCUCCACGUCAGCCAUCCAGGUGGAGCACAUGAACUCGUAGGCGGCGUCCGGCGCUCUGGUUGGGACAGGACUAAUAAUCUGCAGUGUAAAAAGCUCCAUUUGAUUCACCGUCUUUCAUCUUCACAGUCUUCUAAAAGCAAAACUAGAAACAUGGCUAAGAAAGGAGAAACUGUUACCAUCCUCAUCAGCCAUCCGCCUCCGACUCCAGCUGCGUUUUUAUUUUCACCAUCAAGUAGCUCUGAAGGACGAAUCGAAAGGGAUCGAGGUGAUAUUGGGUUACAAUCAGGAGAUGGACGUUCAGUUUGGUUCACCUGAUUCUGAAGCGUUAAAGCUGGGAAGAACUUUAGGCUCCAUGUUGGAUCAGAGACAGUCUACAGUGUUGAGUUCAGGUACCUCCGAGACGAGUGGGAAAGCAGGUUCCAACUGGUGGAAAUGGGUUUGCACAUUUAAUAUCUGGAAAAAUCCCUUUUAACUUUGAAGUUAUAAAUUUAGGUAAAAAUAAAUCUGCACCUGAAGUUUCACCUUUAUUACUUUGGUUGAGCUGUAAAACACACACACCAGGAAUUAAACCAACCGUUGAGAUAAUAUUGGGAGAUGAAGACUGUAAAUUAUCUGUGAAAUUAAAAAUAAUAAUAUUCUCUUUAAAUUUAGGAGUAACUUUGCAGAUUUAAUUCUUCUUGAAAUACUCCAACAAGCCAAAAAAAAAGAAGAAGAGUAAAAACAAAUAAUAAUUUAUUAAUGGUAAAAAUUCCAGCACGGAAAUGGAAGCACUUAAUCAUAACACUGAAGAUGGAAGUUAUGUAUUUUCAUCUAAAUUCCAAUAGAUUCAUUUUACAAAUCACAAUUUAACAUCAGAAGAUCAAAGAACGAAGGAGCCAUUUUGUUUUCAGAGCCUAAAGUCAAAAACGAACCGAGUUCAACAAGAAUGUACUAAACCUGAGGAAUCUGAGCAGAGCGAACGGAGGAAAGCGGGACGGAGGAGUCCUACAGAAAGCACUUGAUGAAGCUCGUACUUCACGCCUAUGUUUGUCAUUUUUUGUCUUUUUUUAUAUAUAUAUAUAUAUAUAUAUAUAAAUCAUGUUUGUAUUUUUCUACCGACAGAGGAACAUAGAGAGAAAACAGAGUGAUUGCAUGAACGUGAUGGAAAGAAAACAUUUAGUCGUUUGUUUUCUGAUUCUAAGAGGAGCGGUUAAUCUUCCUCCUGUGGGCGACGAGAGCCCGCCCCGCUCUUACCAGGGGGGUUGAUGGGAAAUAAUGAUUGUGUGAUAAACACGGCUGACAGGUACUGUUAUCAAUCUUUUCUUUUUUUAAGAACUUUUCAUACAUAUUAUUAUUACUUUCAUUAUAACUGUAGUGCAAAUGUUAUCCACAGUAUAUCCACUCUGAGGCAUUAUGGUAUUGCAGUAUGCUGUACAUAAAAUAGAUAGAAAAGACUUUUUCAUCUGUAAAAGGGAAGUAUGUCUUGUGUACAGAAUAUAUGAAAACGCACCCAAACCACAGACUGUCCCAGGUCCGGUACUGUACCCAACUGGUUCUGCUGAAAAAUAAUUAGGAGUUACAAUGAGAGUUACGGCUUUUCUUUAAACACAACCAUUUAUGAUUUAACUUUGAAUAAUUGAGUCUCUUUAGUUAUUAAAAGUCUUUUGACUAAUUAUCACUAAUGCUUUUCUAGGCUAAUGUAGGUAUAGUCGUUUUCAGUAAUGUAGAAAAUAAGUGAAAAUUGUUUCACCAAUCAUAAAAAAAAUACAUGUUUUUAUUUAAAGAAAAACAAAAACAAUUAACGGUGCUGUGUAAAAUAAAGCCACUGCAUUCAGACUCCCGACUGACCUGCUAAUAUGUUUAAACAGCAUUAGAUUAAAUGGUGACCUGGGACACUGGAAACCGUUAAUCCAAUCAAAAUGUUCAAGCAGCCUGUUCAACAGGCCAACGGUCUUCAUGUAUACUCAACUUUGUUUGUCUCUGUGUCUUUUUAUGAAAAAAAUGACCUAGCAAUGCUCCUGGUAAACAGUUAUUAACUGUACUAUGUUACAUACUGUAUGCACAGCUAAAGCUCCUACUCAUCUGAACAGACUGUUUCUUCUUCCCUUAUGGAGAAUAAAAUUCAAAAACUGUUUAUGACUAAAGGCCAGGAUUGAUUUAUUAAACUGAAAUCCAAUCUGCAGGGCUUAUUACUGAUGUAGAUGAAUUUCAGAGUUGGGUUGUGCUUGAUUUUUGUUAGUUUCAGAUGAUAAAUUGUCAAAUGAUGUAUUUGCAUAAGAUGUGUCAUACUGAAUGCAAUAAUAUGAAAUAUUUUCUUCAGGUUUUUGUGUGGAAGAGCAUUGAAAGUAUCUUGGGAUAUUUUCAUUCAUUCCAUAACUAGCAAUAUGUAUGGAUGUCAGCAAAAGUCAAAAUGCCACGUUUGUCAAAGAAGUGUCCAAUUUAAGCUGAGAAUUGUGUUUAGUGGAUGAAAAUUUAAAUUAUAUUAAAACA